AUGACUACACCGGUGGAGCAAGAACUAAACGCCCCUCAUCAGGACAUUGUUAAUCUUUUCCAAAGCGACUUUUUACUGUGUCCCUUCCAGUCCACUGAAACGUCUGGCCUUGCUCCGGACGAUGGAAUCGUUGGAGGUCCUCGAACGCCUCAGCAAAUCGCUGCUCAAAAAAGACUUCAACAGACCCAAGCACAAGUUGAUGAGGUGUGA